UUCAUUUGUUUUGGGAUUCCGAGAAUAAGGAUGGAGGGAAAACUCUCCAUAAACUUCCAUAUCCUCCUUAUUCUGGCGGAUUUAACAACAGGUCUGAUCUACAAGGCACAAAAUGAUGAAGUUACACUGAAGCCAACAGUUACAGGUCUUUUCACUGAGAUCCUGUGGAAACAUAAUGGUGACAAGGCAGUGGAGUUCAUCACACCUUAUCCAAUAAGGGAGUUCGAUAAAUUCCUGGGACGGACGACCCUGAAUACGCAAACAGGAGAAUUAAUAAUCAGAAACCUGGAGAAGACAGAUUCUGGACAGUAUAAGGCAGAGGCCCUGGUGGCCAGGAGACUCCAGUACUCUGAGUUUGAUGUGAAAGUCAUCGAUGCUGUAACACCACCAAGAGUGAAGUGUGAGCAGAAUAAUCGUACGGGAAUUCUCCGCUGUCAAAGUGAAGGUGACGAGGCACAGUAUCGGUGGGAGGGGCCUAAUGAUUUGUUCACUACCUGGACCGAUCAGCCAAUAGAACUACACGUCAACACCUCUGACUCCACCUACACCUGUGUGGUGAAGAACCCUGUGAGUGAGGAGAGGAGUGAGGCCUUUCCUGCUAAGAACUGCUUUAAAGGACAUUCCACUUUGACCUGGGCUCUCGUUACAAGUGCUGUGGUUGUUGUCCUCAUUGCCGCUCUUUCAGCUUUCCUCAUUUGGGUUUACUGUGUGCAUUGCAGGGGAAGCUCUGAAGCACCUGACGGAGGUCGAGGCUUACAAAGUAAUGAAGGAGAGAAGGGUGAAGGACAACCACUACUGCAAAGGAACAAAGUGUUAGUCCCAGGUGGAGAAGAUGCUGUAGAAGAAAACCGUGGGAAAACAGGAGAACGGCCGAGUGAUGAAGAUGUAUUCGGUAAACCUGUAAGUGAAAGAAAGAAGCGGUUUGAACCACCUGCAUGUAGCCCAAAUAACGUAAAGCAUGAGCGCAGAAGUAUUCAACGGAAGGACAAGACAAGUGAGACUGAAGCGAAGGUGGACGAGCAGAAGGACAAGGACACAGAUCAGGAACCCAGAGCAGCAGAAAUAAAUACAGGUUCAUGGAGCAAAAACACAUUAGAGGAUGACAGUAAGACAGUGGGACACCUUAAUUCACCAGCAGAGACUCUUGAAGAGGAUGGAGUAAAAGUGACAGAGAAAAAGUCGAAACAGAAGGACAACAGUAAGAAUUUGGAGCAGAAUGAGCAAAAACGAAGAGAUAAUGAGAAGGAAAGCGAAGAAGUGAUGGAUUUGAAAACGGAGCAGGAGAACCGAGUAUCAGAAAUGAACACAGAUUCAUCCAACCGAAAGGAGACACACCUUGGUGGUCAGACAGUGGGACGCAGUGAUUCACCAGCAGAGACCAAUGAGAAGGAAGGAGAAAAAGAGAUGGAUAAAAAGCAGAACAGAGUAUCAGAUUUAAAAUCUGACGAAACAACAAAGACGUUACAAGCUGAUACAACCAUUGCGGAGGGCAGCGAAAUGAACAGUGAGAACAAUGGGAAUGAGACCAUGGAGCAGAACAUCCCGGAGGUGACGGAUGUGGAUACAAUGGAAGGAAAAGGAUCAGCAGGUGAGUGCAGCACAAAUCAACAGACGGCUGAGACGGGAAAUCUGGAUCAGAACGACACACAAACAGGGACUGAUGUGACACGAAGUGCUGGACACACAAGUGGAGGAACACAGUCAGAACACGGAGAUACAGGAGGUUCCGCAAAUCCAGCAGGACACCCCGACACUAACAGUGACACUGAGCAGCCUGUCAGAGUAACGCCUGAUGCUCCGCAAACAGUCAGAGGGGAUGGGCGAAAGGAGGAGAAGCAACAGCAGGAGGAGAAAGAAGACAAGAAGGAUCCAGACAGCAAAGUGGAGAAGAAGUAAAUGGAAAUCCAGCAAAGGACAGAACAAGAAGAACACACGGAAAAGAAGGAAAUGUAGGAAAUGUUGGGAGACUGGCACUUGGAUGGGGAAAAAAAAACAUUCUGUUUCAGAGAAACGACAGAGUGAACCGGUGGAGAGCUUGGAGGAACCUGGAGAGCCGGACGAACACUGCCAGCUUGUGUCCCGAGCUCAGUGAGAGGAAACGGGACAAGAACGACACAGCUGAUGGUUGUACAUUUGGGUCAAGUUUCGUUUUUACACUUUGCGAGAUACAUUGUUUUUACCACAUUAACACUAUGUGUGAAGGCACUGUGAAUUGAUCAUCGCAAUAAAUGACAAUAAGUAGAAGGAAUGUAUUAAAACCUGUGCUGAACAUGUCACGUUGUAAAUGUGCAGUACAGUGUAAAUCAGUGGGAUCUAUUACUAUUUUUGAAGAAUAUAGGAUGUGAACCUGCAGGUCCGUUCAACAGCAUUGCUCCUCGGCCUAAUUCCAACACAUUACCAAUAAAACUUGCCUUAAAACAUGUACACUAUAAGUAUAGUAAGAGGUAGGGUUCAUUUUUUACUGUCCUUCAGCUGCCUUCAGCUGGUUUGUCCUGGUGUGCUGAACAUACAGUAUUCCGGGGGGGAAAAAAAAACACAGUUUGUUUACAUAUAGGGGGUGCGGUGGCGCAGUA